AGAGCCAAAUAAAUAGCACAAGACUAUCAUUUCUGUAGACCUCCAUUCCAACCACAAUGGUGCUAACUAGAACCUCCAUAAUUUCCAACACAAAGAAGUUCUUCAAAAGAAAAUUGAAAAGCUUCAAGAUAUUCAUCUCCGGUGGAUACCAAAGGCUUCCUAAAACCUAUCAUUUCAACCCCUUUUCUUGCGGCUGCAACUCUUCCAACACUAACAAUGACAUUAAUCCUCUGUUCUACUCCGAUUUCGACAUGCAAAACAAAGACAACGACAAAGCAAAUGAAGCCAAAAGAGAAGAUGAUCAAAGGAAGGAAAUGAUCCCAUCCAACAUUAACAAUAGACCGAAAAAAGGAUUGUCUUGUUCCCGAAGUGUGAGGGAAAGAAGAGCUUGUAUGGUUGGUAACAAGUUGAUUAGAGAAUUGGAAAUUGUGGAAAAGAGAAGUAGUGUGGAACAUCGAUUGGACGUUGAAGAAGUUUUACAUUACUACUCUCGUCUUACUUGCCCAACUUAUCGAGAUAUAGUUGAUCAAUUCUUGAUCAAUUUGUAUGAAGACAUCUCCGACGAACAAAACCCUAGCUCCGGCUAAUCACUCCAUUCAUAAACUAUUAGAUGAAGGAUGGAUUAAUUAAUUUAGUUCAUUUAUUAGAAUUAAAGGAAUCAUGAUAUAUAUCAACCUCUCUAUGUUGCUUUUACCAACUUUUUAUUGAUGUAGUU